CAAUGGUUGGUCAUCCAGCGUCUCCCGCAAAUCCGAGUGAUGCCGGGCCUUUGCCUGUUUGCCCUUGGCUGCCCUGGCUGCCCCAUUUGCCCAUCUUUUUUUCCCUCGUAUUCUUUUUGGCGCAUGAGCAUUGGAGGCCAUCCCAACCGGGUGGUAUCGUGAUCAACUCCCAUAAAUGAGAGGCAGAGCAUCACCUCCAUCUCUUCUUCUCAGACGCCCUCUGCCUUCUUCCGGUGCUCGACACCUCUCGACUCGCCUGAACCUGUUCGCAACGGAAGCCCUGGGACGGAGCGUGCUCUGGUACAAGGUGCCUGUAGACUUCCGAUCCGUCAGCAACUCCAUCCACUCGCCGUCCCGCGCACCCACCCAAUUGAUCACCUCUCCCUUUCCAGCCUCGUUAAAAUCACCACAAUCCACAUUCCUCACGGCAAUCCUGGGGUCUGCGCAUCGAUCUAAUCAAUAACCUUCUCGUCCCAUAAUUUCACCUGCUCCUGCAACAAAUCAAACGCCUGGUCGUCGCCUCUACCAUUUCCUCUUCCGGGAAUCCUCUGUGCCCACCGGAGCAGGUCCCGUCAAGGCCGAAUCUGCGAUAGAAAAGCCCUGCGACACGCGAGCUGCUUCGUACAAAGCCACCAUUGCAUCCAUUAAUCCCCUACCUACCUGCCUCCUACUUUCCCUCUGGCCUCGUCUUCUUUUCUCACCAUGACCUCCGACUUCCACCAUUCUCUCGAGCCCUUCCCUCUCUUCAUCGACUCGGCUCCUCCCAAUUCGGCAAACUACUUCUCCUCCCCCAUGGCCAUGGCUGCCAUCCAGCUCCUGGCCACCACGAGCUCUUCCUCCUCCCACGACUCCCUCCGCAAACCUCUUGUCUCCAUGCCGGUGAAGCUAUCCAAUUACAUCCGACUGCGAUACUACCAGUAUGAAGUCACCUUCGGACUCUAUGUUAUGACCCCUGCCGAGAAACUCGUCUUCAACUCGGCCAUCCUGGUCGCUUUCGUUGCCUUACUCUACGCGCUUUUCUGGGGCUUUCAGCCAUUUAUUGUCAAUACGCUCUGCAGGCUGAUAUACUACAUAACGGGUUCUUUUUCCAGUGCCCCGCAACUGUGCUCAUGACAACGGCUGAUACGGCAUCAUAACUUGCUACUCAACUGAACGCUGGCUUUUUGGCAUAAGAGGGCGAACAAGGUUGCAAGAUGACUGCAUUAUCCAGAGAGCCAACACGAAUGACAACUAGAGUCACUUCCGCCACCCGGUACACUCGUUCUUCGACCCGUGGUGAUCCACGAACAAGUUGGCUCGAUCUCAACGAAGAUCAACACGGAGGACCCCUCCGCCUCGACCGGAGCUGCGUCAUUUUAGCUCAAGCUUUGGCCAAGGGAAAUACCCUUCGAGGUGCUUCUCAUCAUCAAGUGCUCGAUUGACGAGACCCUUCAUGUUUUGCCUCGGCGGAUUUCAACGCGUUCGCUAUAUGCCACUUUGGGAUUAUUUCAACUCCGAACCACGAAGACAGGAUAUUUUGGGUUUCGAUAACGGUUAGCAAGAGCUAAGUGAAGUGAGCGGACGCGUUUUUUCGGAUUUUAUAUGAGCGAAGAGCACUGCUCGUGAUCGACAGGCAAAUCAUAAGAGGAGGUCUCAGGCACUGUGCAGGCUAUCGGCCGUACAUGUCAUUGGGCUGUUUGAGAGUCACCAUGUCGUCUGACUUGAAGUGUCGAUUCUCUUACUUGUGGCAGCCCUUUUUUGGAGGAUUGCCUAGCAUUCAGCCUUUUGCAGGCAUUACGAGCCCCACGAACAGGAAAAGAGAUAUUGUUACAAAACAAAUGAUAACAGACUAAUAUAAUGUCCAGCAAAGACUUCAUGUACUGAACGAUUCCCGUUGAUUCAUUGGUUCAUGCAAGUAUCCAUCACGUGCAUGCUUUCGUGGUCGUCGUAUUUCCUGACGCGUACUCGAUAGACCUGCAGUGAGCAUCAAACAGAGUUGGUCGAGGACGCUUGGGGGCACUUGGGGGCACUUUCGGGCACAGUCAGGCACAGGUGCGAAACUUGGAG